AUGGUUAAAGGAGUACCAGAUUCAGGAUAUCUUGUGCCUUCCGAUUUUUGGGAGUCGAUGGAAAUUGACUAUGAAAGUAUAUCACCAGAUUCAGAUAACUUUUGGGUGAGUCAAUGUGGAGAAACGGAAGCUGUGAAACCAAUUACUCGGAGUGGUCGCUUCUACAGUGACGCAAGAGAGAAGGAAAAAGAAAAUAAUACGCGAGGAGAUGCAAUGAAAGAAUGUGAAGAGGAUGUGGUGUUGAAGCAGCUGAGGCAAACUAAAGCAAAUGCAAGUGUGUGGGAUUUGCUAGUUGCAUCCAAAACCCAUAGAGAUGCAAUGUUUGAAGCACUCGCUAGUCUGAACAUAAAUGUUAACAGUACUCCUCAAGACUUGGUUCAAUUAGUCAAAGGGGAUGCAUACAUUAUCUUCUCUGAUAAAGAACUAACAUCUGAAGGUAGGAAAUAUAUUCGAGCAUUGUACAUUCAAGUGGAAGCUAAAGGGAUGAUUGUUCCCAAAGUCAUGGUAGAUGACGGCUCGGCGUUAAACGUUUGUCCUCUAAAAGUGUUACCCAAAUUGGGUAUAACUAAAAAUGACAUGCAAAAAAUAGAAUCAAUAGUGAGAGCAUAUGACGAGUCUAAAAGACCAGUGGAAGGAACCUUCAAAACGGCUGUAAAAGUGGGACCUAUUGAGUCUAUAGUGGAGUUCAUGGUGGUGGAUAUACCAAUCAGUUAUGCACUACUACUUGGUCGACCUUGGUUUCAUGCUUUAGGCGGAGUUCCAUCCACCCUUCAUCAGAAGAUUAAGUUCCCAUUUAACAAUGAGAUUAUCACUAUAUCAGCUGAGGAGGACGGCAUAUGUUCUAAAGUUAAUCUAGAAGCUGAAAAUCCUCCAAUUACUGGUUUCAACUUAGUUGGUGGAAUAUAUGAGGAUUAUAUGGAUCCUCAAGUUGCUGUUAUGAUGAAGAAUAUGAAAUUUUUCCCUGACUUGGGAUUAGGGAAGAAUCAGCAAGGCACCCCUACCAUUCCUGUCCUUCGAGGACAAAACACCAGGGUUGGCCUCGGUUAUAACCAAGAAACUGCCUAUAAAAGUGCAAUGCAGACUGAGAGAGGUAUUUUUCUAAAGGAAGGAACCCAUCAUGUUUACAAGAAUAUGAAACCUCAAAAGGAGUGGCCCGGUUGGGAAAUUUUCAAUGAUGCCGUCAAGGAUGUUUGCAUUAAGAAGAAGUGGGAUGUCAACAAUAUGCUGAUAGGUCUAAACCAUGUUGUCGGUGUCCAAGCUGAGGUCGAGACCAUCUCGAUGGAGGACUAUGUCCAGAAUAAUUCUAAAACUCUUAGUUUAGAUGAUGAUGUUUUUAUUUCUGAUGUAAUGGAUGACAAUGAUGUAUUCCUUUCCAAAUUCAAUGAAAUAAACACCAACUUUGCUUAUUUGUUUGAUGUUUUUCCUAAUGCAAGCAUAUGCACAUUAGAUUAUUUGCAUAGCAUAUUUCAUAUAAACUCAAUGCAUUCUAUCUCAUUUAAUUUGGGUACAACCGAAAAUCCUAAAGAAAUACUUUUAGGAAGCAAUUGCACUCCUGAGUUUAAAGAGAGACAUGAGAGAAUACUAAAAGAUAAACAAGUAGCAUUUGCAUGGACUUACGAGGAUAUGCCAGGAAUUGAUCGACAUAUCGCUCAACAUUAUAUUCCGACAUAUGAUGACGCCAAACCAAUUAAGCAAAAGCUUAGACGAAUGAAGCCAGAGUGGGCGCAAAAGGUUAAAGAAGAAGUGGAAAAACAGAUUGAGGAUGGAUUUCUAGAAGUAAUUGAUUAUCCAGAAUGGCUAGCCAACAUUGUUCCUGUAGCCAAGAAAGAUGGGAAAGUCAGAAUGUGUGUGGAUUACAGAGACCUUAAUAAAGCAUCUCCUAAAGAUGAUUUUCCAUUACCUAACAUCGAUGUGCUAGUAGAUGCAGCUGCAGAAAUGUUAUGGUAUACUUGUUGCGAUGGCUUCUCCGGCUAUAAUCAAGUAUUAACUGCCCAAAUUCACAAGGCUAAAACAUCCUUUAUCACUGAAUGGGGAACCUUCUGUUACAAGGUUAUGCCAUUUGAAUUAGAAAAUGCUGGAUCUACAUAUCAACUAAAAGCAAAGUCCGAGGAAGAGUACUUUGAAGCCCUUGAAAAAUUUCUAGAUAGGGUCAUUAAGUACAACCUUAGACUUAACCCAAAGAAGUGUAUUUUUGGAGUUGGGUCGUGCAAAUUAUUGGGAUAUGUAGUAAGCCAAAAAGGGAUAGAUAUUGAUCCAGACAAAGUAAAAGCUAUCAAAAAGAUGCAUUCCCCGAGAACAGAGACAGAAGUCCGAGGAUUUCUAGGAAUGUUGCAGUACAUAAGUAGGUUCAUAGUCAAACUAACUUCUUUGUGUGCUCCAAUUUUCAACCAAUUGAAGAAGAGUCAGUCAAUGAUAUGGUCUGAACAAUGUCAAGAGGCCUUUGACAGAAUUAAAGAAUAUUUGUCAAAUCCUCAAAUCCUCAAGCCUCCUAAAUCAGGAAAACCUUUGACUUUGUAUCUUUCCAUAGAAGAACAGUCGAUGGGGGCUAUGCUAGCACAAGAAGAUGUGGGAUAUGUGGAGCAUGUUGUGUACUAG